AUGGUUUUCAGAUCGCCUUUAGAGCUUUAUCCCUCCCAUUUCUUCCUGCCAAACUUCGCUGAUCGCCCUUUGCUCCUGGCGAGCAGCGCGCCCAGCACCAGGUCUCCCGAAGACUUGUCAAUGUUUCAGCUACCGACCCUCAACUUCUCUCCGGAGCAAGUGGCAAGCGUCUGUGAGACGCUGGAAGAGACCGGGGACAUCGAACGGUUGGGUCGCUUCCUCUGGUCGCUGCCAGUUGCGCCGGGUGCCUGUGAGGCAAUCAACAAGCAUGAGUCCAUCCUGAGAGCUCGCGCCGUGGUUGCCUUCCACACAGGCAAUUUCCGCGACCUUUACCACAUUUUGGAGAACCAUAAGUUUACCAAGGACUCACACGGAAAACUUCAAGCUAUGUGGCUUGAGGCUCACUACCAGGAGGCCGAAAAGCUACGCGGGCGUCCCCUUGGACCAGUUGACAAAUACAGGGUGCGAAAGAAGUUUCCUCUUCCCAGGACCAUCUGGGACGGCGAGCAAAAGACGCACUGUUUCAAAGAGCGGACACGCAGUCUGUUACGGGAGUGGUACCUUCAGGACCCCUAUCCAAACCCCAGCAAGAAAAGGGAACUGGCACAAGCCACUGGACUCACUCCCACACAAGUCGGGAAUUGGUUUAAAAAUCGGAGGCAAAGAGACAGAGCAGCGGCAGCGAAAAACAGGCUUCAGCACCAAGCAAUAGGACAAAACGGUAUGCGGUCCCUCUCAGAACCCGGCUGCACCCCACACAGCUCGGCGGAGUCGCCAUCAACUGCUGCCAGUCCAACUACCAGCGUCUCGAGUAUGACAGAGCGAGUUGGCACGGGCACGUCAAUUCUUUCUGUAACAUCCAGUGACUCCGAAUGCGACGUAUGA